CGUAAACAAAUCCCUUAUCGAAUGGUCUUUGACACGAAGUAAUGCGACCAAAUUUUAUCUUCAUACUUGUUCCUGUCUUCAUGAUUUAGUCUCAUCAAAUGAAGGCAGCUAUGACUUCAAGGCGAGACUACCACAUCACCAUUUUCCUCUUUCUGGCAUGGGUUACCAAGGGUUUAUAUCUUGAAGCACUCGGCCCGGCGAUGAUAGACCUAAAGCUGCUCUACAAAACCAACUACGAGAGUGUGACGCGCGCGGUCGCCGGCAGAGGCGUCGGUGGCUUCCUGGGGGCGGUUGUCGGCGCGUUCGUGGUGGACAAGUACCAGCGUCAUCUGGAUCUUUGUUGCGGCGUGAGUACCUCGAUAGCCGGACUCUGUGUCGCCAUGGUGACGUAUGUGCCGUCCAUUGACUACGUGUGGCUUUUGUACUGUGUGCUGGGAUGCUGCAGUAAUCUGGUUAACAUUGCGGGCACGAAGCUGACGCUAGCAAUGUGGCGGGAGAAAAGCUCUACCCUUCUGCAACUUCUGCACAUGGGAUACAGUGUGGGGGCGCUUCUUGGUCCGAUCAUCUGCACGCCCUACCUCGCUGUCGUUCAAAAGGAGUCCGGCGAGCAUAAGUUCCGAAUCCUAAAGGAGACGCAGGUCGAUUUCGCGUUUUUGCUAAUCGGUCUGUCAACUGUUGCCGUGGCUUUACCGUUUUUUUACUUCCACUACUUUUCUUUCGAUCAAACUGAUACAAAAAAUGACGACCCGGACCAAAAGACGAUGAAAUUUCGAAAGUCCACGUGGAGAGACAAAAUAAAUCCAGCUUUCUACGCAAACGGAGAUUUUACUUUUGGGUUGGCCGUGUUAACAUUUUUCUUCGUGUAUUUCUUCACACUAGUGGGCGGGGAAAAGACGUUCAUGAGUUUUGUGCGGACCAUAUCCGUGGAUGUGUUCAAAUUCGAUAAGACGGACGCCUCUAUGUUGAAUAUUCUUUUUUGGGUUUGCUUUACUGCAGGACGAUUAACAGGUUCGUUUGUUUCGCAUUUUGUUCAAACGAAGACGCUUUUGACUAUACUCGUUUCCGUGAACGCAAUAUCAUCGACAUUCGUAAAUGUGUACGGUCUUUCAAGCGUUAAUGCCUUGUGGUUUUCCGCCAUUUUGCAAGGCUUCGUGAUAUCCCCGCUGUACCCGCUCGGCGUUGCCUAUGGUAACACCCUUGUGACCGUUUCCGGUUUCUGCCUGAUGGUGAUCGUGUUCGCUGGGAGUUUCGGGGACAUGACGUAUCUAUGGAUAGCGGGCCGACUUUAUGACACGUAUGGGGCAGGGAAAAUAUUCGUCAUUUUUAACUUCGCACUGUGUUUGUUUGCCUUGACGGUGUGGGCGUUUCAGUUGUUCAUCCAGACAUACAGAAAAAGCAGUAAAAAGAUAAUAUCACUACCGUUGUUGAAAUUAUAGACAUACAAAACGGUUAAACACGGCCAGUAAGGCGACUAAGUGCGUUAUUUUUCGCGCAAAAAAUCCAAAUAUAUGCAUUUGUCCAUGACACUAGGGAACUCUUCCCCUGUCACUACUGAUAUUGUACUGUGCAUAAUUAUUAACCAGGUUUUCCGAAGGAAAAAACUGGUUAUUAGAUUGGCGAAUGCGGGCGGGCUGGCUGGCUGGCGGGCUGGCUGUCUGGCGGGCUGGCGGAAUAAGCUUGUCCGGGCCAUAACUAUGUCGUUCAUUGUCAGAUUUUUAAAUCAUUUGGCACAUUUGUUCACCAUCAUUGGACGGUGUGUCGCGCGAAAUAAUUACGUCGAUAUCUCCAAGGUCAAGGUCACACUUUGAGUUCAAAGGUCAAAAAUGGCCAUAAAUGAGCUUGUCCGACCCAUAACUAUGUCGUUCAUCGUCAGAUUUUAAAAUCAUUUGGCACAUUUGUUCACCAUCAUUGGACGGUGUGUCGCGCGAAAUAAUUACGUCGAUAUCUCCAAGGUCAAGGUCACACUUUGAGUUCAAAGGUCAAAAAUGGCCAUAAAUGAGCUUGUCCUGGCCAUAACUAUGUCAUUCAUUGUGAGAUUUUAAAAUCAUUUGGCACAUUUGUUCACCAUCAUGGGACGGUGUGUCCCACGAAAGAAUCACGUCAAUAUCUCCAAUGUCAAGGUCGCCACGACUAAAAAUAGAUUUAAAAAAAAAAAAACUUACAAAGGGGGUUAAUUUUUUUUGGUCAUUUCAAAAGUUCAGUUUGAGUUUUCUCCCUUUAUCAGAUUUUUUUUUCACAAUGAAAACCUGGUUUUGUGACAAUUUUGUCCCUUGUAUUGAUUUGUUAUCCUAAAUUUAUCAUAUUUCAAGUUUGAAGCACAAUCAUACUACAUGGUUUAUGGCAUAUUAUUAUUACAUAUAACUGAGUUAACAGCAGUAGUAUAUAUAUCAACAUACAAUAUAUCGUCACGUUAUAAAGAUAUGUACAUCUAAAUUGUAUACUUUUUCUUUAUUUACAAAAUUAUGUAUGCAUUUAUGGAUGAUGUAUCUUUGUGUAAUCUAGUCGUCACAUUACGUUCUUUUGUCCUUUUCAUGUAGCAGCUGUUCCUAUUAAUCUCGUACGAUCGUAUUUAGCACUAUUUUACGAACUUUUGGCGUAGUAUCUAAGUUAUUUCUACCGGUGUAUUGGACCAAACAUUAUUUUCAAGAUGUGCGAAUUUUGUAUGAUCUUGAUUAAAAUUAGUUAAAUUGU